CUUUAAACCUCUGUAGACCGUAGGCUUAAGACAAUAGAGUCCUAUCAUCUAUUCACGUUUGGUUGUGUCCCGUUGUGUCUUUUUUUUUAAUAAAAAAAAUUAAAAAAUAGGUCACACAACUCACCACCAUUCAUGAAAUACUCUAUGUAAAAAAAAAAAAAAAAAUAUAAAACUUAAAAAAUCCAAAAAAAUUAUAAAAUUAUUAUAAAAGAUAAAAAAAAAAGUUGACAAAAAAAUAAGUAAAAUAACCUCAAAAUAAAAAAAAAAGAAAAAACGAAUUUAAACAAAGUCGGUGGUUAAUAAAAAAACAAAAAAAAAAAAAGAAAAAAAUAAGUGAACGUGCAAGAGAAAAUAAGAAAAUAAAUAAAAAGCGUAAAAUUUAAAAAAUAAAAAAAAGUAAUAAAAGUUCAGGGCCAUUUGUCGUUGUAGUGCGUCAAAAGUUAUUAAUUUCCAUAUUUCACAUAUUACAAAAAAAUUUCUUUCACAACGAGUGAAAGUAUAAAUUCAAAAAAAAAAAAGAUAUAAUAAUAAUAAUAUAUCUUUUUUCAAUAAAUUGAUUGAUAUUUGAUUUUUUUGAUAAUAAAAAAAGUAAAAUCUAAAAAUUAGCAAUGGCUUCCUUGUACGUUGGUGACUUGCAAUCGGACAUAACCGAGGCUAUGCUGUUUGAAAAAUUUUCAACGGCUGGUCCAGUUUUAUCAAUCCGUGUUUGUCGUGAUGUUAUCACUCGCAGAUCUCUUGGAUAUGCAUACGUUAAUUUUCAACAACCAGCUGAUGCUGAGCGUGCCCUGGAUACCAUGAAUUUCGAUACGUUGAAAGGAGGUCCAAUCCGUAUCAUGUGGUCACAGCGUGAUCCCUCAUUGAGAAAAUCAAACGUUGGCAAUGUCUUUAUCAAGAAUUUGGAUCCAAGAAUUGACAACAAAGCAUUGUAUGAUACUUUUUCAGCAUUUGGAAAUAUUUUGAGUUGCAAAGUUGCUCAAGAUGAAUCUGCUGAAUCAAAGGGUUAUGGAUUUGUUCAUUUUGAAACUGAAGAAGCUGCCAAUAAAUCAAUUGACAAAGUCAAUGGUAUGCUGUUGAACGGCAAAAAGGUUUAUGUUGGUAAAUUUAUUACACGUAAAGAACGUGAAAAGGAACUUGGUGAAAAAGCUAAACUUUUUACAAAUGUUUAUGUUAAAAAUUUCGGUGAAGAAAUGAAUGAUGAUAAAUUAAAAGAAAUGUUUGAGAAAUUUGGUACAAUAACAAGUCAUAAAGUUGUUGCUAAAGAUGAUGGUAAAUCACGUGGUUUUGGCUUUGUUGCAUUUGAAAAUCCAGAAUCAGCUGAAGCAGCUGUACAAGAAUUAAAUGGUAAAGAAAUAUCAGAAGGUAAAUUUAUGUAUGUUGGUCGUGCACAAAAAAAAGCUGAACGUCAACAAGAAUUAAAACGUAAAUUUGAACAAUUAAAAAUUGAACGUUCAACACGUUAUCAAGGUGUUAAUCUUUAUGUUAAAAAUCUUGAUGAUACAAUUGAUGAUGAACGUUUACGUAAAGAAUUUACACCAUUUGGUACAAUAACAUCAGCUAAAGUUAUGUUAGAAAAUGGACAUAGCAAAGGUUUUGGAUUUGUUUGUUUCUCAGCACCAGAAGAAGCAACAAAAGCUGUUACUGAAAUGAAUUGUCGUAUUGUUGGUACAAAACCACUUUAUGUUGCACUUGCACAACGUAAAGAUGAACGUAAAGCACAUUUAGCAUCACAAUAUCUUCAACGUAUGUCAAACAUACGUAUGCAACAAAUGGGUCCAAUGUAUCAAGCUGGUAGUGCUGGUAAUUUCUUUGUACCAACAUUACAACAACCACAACACUUUUAUGGACCAGCACAAAUGACACAAUUACGUCAAACACCAAGAUGGCAAACACAACCAAAUCAAGUUAGACCAAGUGGACAAGCUGGUAGUACUGGAUUUGCAACAAUGCAAGGACCAUUAAGAGCAGCACAACGUGCACAAGCACCACAAGCUCAACAAAUGAGAACAGCAUUAUCAGCAAGACCAAUAACUGGACAACAAGGUGUUGGUGUUGCUAAUAUACAAGGUAGACCAAUGCCAGCAGUUAAUGUACAACCAGCACAAGGACGUCAAGCUAAUUAUAAAUAUAAUAUGAAUGUACGUAAUCCACAACAACAACAACAAAUGACUAUUCCACAACCAGCACCAGUACAACAAGCUGUUCAUAUACAAGGACAAGAGCCAUUAACAGCACCAAUGCUUGCUGCUGCAUUGCCACAAGAACAAAAACAAAUGCUUGGUGAACGUUUAUUCCCACUUAUUCAAUGCAUGUAUCCUGAAUUAACUGGUAAAAUAACUGGUAUGUUGUUGGAAAUUGAUAACUCUGAACUUUUGCAUAUGCUUGAACACAAUGAGCUUCUUAAGGCUAAAGUUGAAGAAGCUGUUGCUGUAUUACAAGCACAUCAGGCUAAACAGGCCACUAAAAAAGAGUAAAUUCAUUAACAUCUUGAUACUCUUGAAUUUUUUUUUUUCUCUUAUUAUUUACUAACAUCACUUUUUUUUAAUAUGGAUAAAAUCCGUUCUUUCUUUCUUGUCGGUUUUUUUUUUUUCAACUCGAUUUUCUUUUGCUCUAUUCAGUUAUAAUUUACAUAAUCGAAUUAAUCAACAAUUUUUUUUGUUUCUUUAUUCAAAAUUAUUAUAACAUUUUAUUUUAUUUAUCUCUUUUCUUAAUUAGGUUGAAUUAUUUUCGCCGUUU